AUGCAAAGCCGGGUGACGUUUAUCGAGGAUGAGGGGGUGAUGAUGCGGACGGAUUUCUUCCGGAUGUGGCCGGAUACCCGGCUCGACGUCGCGAGCGCCGCGCUCAACACCGCCGCCCCGAUCGCGCUGCGCGGGCGCGCGCACACCGUCGACGAGCUCGGGCGAUUCGCCAAACGCGCGUGUGCGCUUCCGGUCGGUCGCGGGAUGCUCACGAUGUGUACGCAGAACUUUAAGGUCCGCGAUAGCAUCCCAAUCCCGCCGCUCAACCUCCAGGGAUGCACCAGCGACGGCAUCCUCGUCGCGAACACCCUCGCGGAGUAUCAACCGGAGAGUUUGGUGUGGCCGGUCUUUUUUAACGCCUGCGCGGCGGGGUUUCGGUUUUUACCCUUGCGAGGGCCAACGCGGGGGGGCGGAUGUCUCCCGCUUUCCACACCGGAUGCGGCCGAUCCCGGGGCGUUCGUUAGCGGGGCGCAAACCCCUAUCUCCCGGCAUUGGGUGGUGUAUCAGACGCGCAGCGUGCCGUGCCCGAGCUCGCGUGCGGGGCUGCUCCUCGCGGCCGGGGUCCUCGGCCACCUGACAGUGCUGGAGAAAACGGAUAUCUUCUCCCUCCUCACCUUCCCCCAGGUUCACUCCGAGGCGAUGACGAUUUCCGUCAUGCUCGGCCUCAGCUGCAGCUUCCGUGGUACGGGCAACGACGUCGUCUUCGGCUGCCUUUUGAUCCACGUCCAGUCCCUCACGCCGAGGGUGGAGGAGAUUGAGGUGCCGCUAGACGUGCAGACCUCCGCGCUCGUCUCCAUCGGGCUGCUCUGCCAGCAGAUGCCGACGAACACCUUCCUGAUCGAGAUGUUUCUCACCGAGAUGUCGAGGUUGCCGUCGGAUGAGCACUGCGUGAAUCGUGAAGGGUACGCCCUGGCCGCGGGUUUCGGGCUCGGCCUGCAGCUCCUCGGGAUGGGCGGCCGCAGUGGGGUCCCUGGGGUGGAGGAUCGGCUGUUUAAAUUUAUGAACGGCGCCCGCCGGGAGCCGCCAACGUCCGCGCAAAAAGGCUUUUACGGCUUCAACGAAGUCAACCGCGACGCCGCGAGCCACUUUCUCACCCGCGCGCUCCUCACGCAGACGGUGAAGGAGUCCUGCCGCUCCUCCUGCAUGCGGGUUUAUGAAGGCAAUUACUACAACGUCGCCGUCUCCGCACCCGCGGCGGUGAUGGCGCUCGGCCUUCUGUAUCUCAAAACGGAUCGCGAGUCCGUCGCGAAUCAGCUGCGGCCGCCGAAUCAAAUCGCCGGGAUGCAGGCCGUCUCCCCGCUGCUCUGCAUGCUGCGCACGAUGAUGGGAAAUUUAAUCCUGUGGUCGAGCCUCUUCGCCUCCCGCGAGGCGCUUUACGCGACGGUGCCGAGCUGUUUGCUGGAGCUUUCCACCGCGGAGGGCCUCGCCGCGCCGCAGGUGAAUUACCUCCGGACGAAUCUCGGCUACUGCGUCGCCGGCGCGAUCCUGGCGCUCGGCCUCCGCCACGCGGGGUCGAUGGACGCCGACUCCCACGCCCUCAUCCUCGCCGAGCUGCAGGGCUUUCUGAAAGGCCACAUCGGCUCCACGGGCACCCCGGCCCCCCUCCUGCAGCGCUCCACGGGCGUCUACGAGCCCUGCAUCGCCGCCUGCUGCGUCGCCCUCGGCCUCGUGAUGUCGGGGUCGGGCGACCUCCGAACGUUUACGAUCCUUCAACAACUCCAACGCCGCGCGCGGAACUCCUACGGGAUGGGGAUGGCGAUCGCGAUGAGCAUCGGGCUCCUCUUCCUCGGCGGCGGGCAUCUCACUUUGGCGACAGAUACCGCCUCAAUUGCGGCGCUGGUGCUCGCGUUUUACCCGGUUUGGCCACGCGAUCCGGAGGAUAACACGCACCACCUCCUCGCACUCCGCGCCCUCUACGGCCUCGCCGUCGUUCCCCGCGUCGUUCAGACAGUCGAUGCGGUGAGUCGACGGCCAGUUUCAGUGCCGAUUCGCGUCGUCCUGCGGAAAGGUCGCGUCUGGCAGGAUCCAAAGAACGCGAUCUCCAAGCACAUCUCCUGGACACCACUCCCUUGCGGGCAAGAAAAGCAAGAGGUCCGAUUGCAGACCCCUUGCCUUUAUCCUCCGCCGGAGAUGAUCGAGCGGAUUGAAAUCCGAAGCACGCAGCACUACCCGCAGGUCCUCACCCACGACACCCACGCCAUCACCGAGUACGGGCUUUGCGUGCGAAUUCUGGAAAAACGAACGGAGUCGGCCGAGGGGGUUUCUUUUUCCUCCUCCACACACGGCCACGCGAUCGCACAUGCGGGAAACGUCAAUGAACGUCGCCUGCUCGACGCCGUGCGGGGGUUAUUUUGCCAGGAGCAGCGCACGAGCAUGUCGGCGACGCUCUCCACCAUCGACAGCAUUAAACUCCUUCUGACGGCGCAGCAGACGCUGUUGCGCUCGGUGAGCCUCCCGGAGGAUUACCACGAGCUCAUCUCCCGCGACUUCGGCUGCGCGGUGGAGCAGACGAUGCAAAGGCGCUACCAGUUCAUCUUCUCCCACGCCUCGCGGGCGAGGGGGAGGGCGGCUGAAACGGACCCCAACGGGGGUUCGCCCAGCCCCCCUCAUCCGCUGCACCUCCUCCUCACGCAGCGAAAAUCGUUCGCGGAGGUCGUGCAGGCGAUUCUAUGCCACCCCACGGGCACGCACGCCUUCCCGUGCGAUUUCACCGCCCUCUCCGACGUCGCGGGGGGGUUCGCCGAGCAGCCAACGGACUCUCAAACGGAUCGCCCCGAGGGAUUCAACCCGCUGGACGCGAUGCAGGUGAAGCGGUGGAUCGCGGAGGCGCUUCAUUUCUACCUGGACGUAGGAGACGGCAUUCAAGAGCUGCGCGCCGUUUUCUCAGACCACAAGGCGUUAGCAAAUCCGCCGCUCGGUAAGAUGCACUUGGUUCUCCAACUCAAACAACGGCUGAUGCUCCCCAUGGCCACCCUGGAGAAGCUUCUGGUGUGCUGCUUGUGA